AUGGUCUCUUUAACAUCGCGUUUCAGCAAGUUAAAUCCCGGUAAUCUUCUGACGGCCAAGUCAAAGGUCGACCACGAAAAGGUGCCUCUCGACUCUCUAAAAUCUUCUCCUCUGCCGCGAUGGAGUGCCUCGCCCAGCCGGAAGGGACGCUUCCAUAUGCCUAGGCUGACCUUUACUCGCCUCUUGUUCUACCUCGUCCUCACUUUCAUGUGCGCAACGCUGCUGUUUGGAGGCUUCUGGAGACACGGUCAGACUCUGUUUAUCGAGAGGAGACCGCGAGGUCCGUUCCGCUGGCAACGCUAUCCCAGACUGAAUGGCUUCUACAACGGCAUUCGCACCCUGGUCCCCUACAACGAAUUUGUGUCAGAGCAGUCAUUCAAGGACAGGUUCAUCGGCCCCGAUUCACCUCCUCUGCCUUCCUCCAUUCCCACUCUGAACAAGAUCGAUCCCUCGGAUCCUCCACCACUCGAUCCUGCUCCUUACAUUCCAUACCCUGAUUACGAGUCUGCCGAAUAUCUCAAAGACAACCAGCCCGUUCAGAAAUGCUACCUCGACCCGCAAAACACACUCGAGGCUCCAGACAUCUACGCCUAUCCUGGCCUGCCACAGAACAUGACCGAGCCCUUCUUCGGCUCUCACCAGCUGCUCGGUUUCACCAAGAAAAACUGUUUUGAUCGCUUUGGCAGACUUGCCCCCUACGGCUAUGGCUAUCCUCCUGAACUUGGUGGCUUCGGUCUUGCUGACAAUUCCGAAAAGAAUGGCGUUGUCGAGAAGCUGUGGAGCCAAAUGGGCAGUCCGAUAGAUUGGCGCGGCAUUGACUGGGGCAAGGCCCAGAAGAGGUGCUACGAAAGGAACAAGAUUCGCUUCUCCAAGGACGCCGUCAUGCCUGACGGCUCCAAGGCUGCUCCCAACAAGAAAAUGUCCACUCGUCAAGCCUUUAUCCUCCGUGCCUGGACGGGCUACGAUUACUCGCCGUGGCAGAUCAUGUCGCUGCGUGCCAUGAUUAGCGAGCUCAGCAUCAAGAGUGGUGGCGAGUACGAUGUCCAUCUGCUUGUGCACGUCAAGGACAACAACAUUCCCAUCUGGGCCUCGGACGAAGUCUACGAGACCACCCUGCGAGCAAACGUACCCGAAGAGUUCUGGGGCAUUGCAAGCCUGUGGUCCGAGAAGCAGAUGGAGACCAUCUACCCCGGUCCGUUCGAGUGGAAUAUUGAGAAUGACUCGAAGCAGCCGAUUCAUGGUGUCUACCGGGGUGCUCAUCUUCCGCUCCAAGUCUUUGCGCACGAGCAUCCCGAGUACGACUUCUUCUGGAACUGGGAGAUGGAUCUCCGCUUUACCGGGCACAACUACGAGCUCAACCAGGGUAUCAUCAACUGGGCCAAGGACCAGCCACGCAAGGGCUUGUGGGAGCGCAGUGCCAAAUACUACAUUCCCCGCAAGCAUGGCUCGUGGAGAGACUUUAGGGAUCUUGUCGAGAAGGAGAUUGAAGACAGCGGCGAGAAGCCCAUCUGGGGCCCGGUGAAUUUUGAGAACUCGGGAAUGCUCGACCAUCCUUUGGAAAGCUCGCCACCUCACUCGUAUGAGCAUGACAACUACGAGUGGGGCGUUGGAGAAGAGGCUGAUUUGCUCACAUUCAACCCUCUUUUUGAUCCUCUCAAGACCAACUGGGUCUUCCGCAACGACGUUACUGGCUACAAUCUGUCGUUACCCCCACCUCCUCGCCGCACGUCCAUCAUCACAGUCUCUCGUCUGUCGAGGAAGCUGCUGGAAUACGCUCAUGAGGAGGAGUUCCGGAUGAGGCAUCACAUGUUCCCGGAGAUGUGGCCACCAACUGUUGCCUUUCAUCACGGUUUCAAGGCGGCCUACGUCCCGCAUCCCAUCUUCUUCGACCGCGAAUGGCCAUUGAAUGUGCUCGACAACACCUUCAACUUUCCGCCGACCCCAUCUGAGUCAGUCUUUGGCUUCGGGGAGCACAAUCACGAGGGCAGCACCUUCUACUACAACAGUGGCUUCUCCUCUGCUCUCUGGAGGAGAUGGCUUGGCUCAAAGGAGAACAACGAGGGCGGCGCGGCAGAAGAGAAGGAGGGAAGCGGUCGGCUAUGUCUCAUGCCCGCGCUGCUGCACCCGAUCAAACACGAACGCUCCGACUGA